UGGCAGUCAGUAGUUUCGGAAAUAAAAAAAGAAGCAGAAGACAUGGAUCAGAAACGAAGAGCUGAAGAAUUAAUUAAGCAACGGCUAAAAUUUUUCUCCAAGUCUGCAAUAGACUAUGGUAAAGGUUCAAGAAAAUCUAGAAAGUUGGGAAAACUGAGGAGGCUAGAUGAACUCGAGAAAGCGCUUAAGCCUAAUCGCUAUAGCCAAAUGGACUAUCUGAAAAAGGAGUUCAAGAAGAAGCAGAAACACCUCUCACCAGUGGAGAAGGCAAUUUAUGAGCCGAUCAAAAUGGUGAGAGAAGGUGUAAAGCUUGGUAUGAUGAUGACAGGUCAAAAUGUUUCGGAUUUUGGCGAAAAACCAAUACGAAUGAUUAGUCCUCGAAUGAUGAGCCUCAUUCCAGAUGAAGAGAAUUCUACAAGAAAUGAAAUAAACCUUUUAUCGCCUUCGCUCUUCUCUCUUCAUGGCAAAGGCAAUGGCGUUGAGAAGAUGACGUCACUCACGGCGCUACUUAAUAGUACAGGUCUAUUGAAGGAGCAGGAUCAACAGGAAUGGAUGGAUUUUAUAAUAGAAACUUCUGGUGCCGCAGAUGCGAUAGAUAAAGCUAAGGUACGGUUAGAACAGUGUGAAACUAGCAGCUGCGAUGUGUCUGUAGCGCGCCAUGGGCAAAUAUUGAAGAUAUAA